AUGCACCAACAACAGCCGUUCCGAACCAUUGGGUCAAAAAUGGACGACCCUUACGCGUCGUAUGCGCCUCGCAACAUGUCGCCAACGAAUUCGCAAACGCCCUCACAGCAAAAUGGCUUCUUCAACGUCUCAUCGUAUGCCCAAGACCCCAUGCAUCAACACCAGCAGCAGAUGCCCCCACCGCCGCAACAAAGCCAGUACUAUUCCAAUCAGCAGUACCACAACACUGAUCAUGCCACCCCACCGCAAAACGCACUGCAGAGUUCCUAUUCAUCAAAUUACAACUUGUCCAUGUCGCCACAAGCGAGCCCCACCAUGACUCGCCUUCCCACCCCCCCUGUUCCUCAUCAAGACUUUGCCACUGUUGAACCGGCUGGCCAAGCACAGCGCCGUCAGAGUCACCAACAUUCGUCGUUUUACGAGAUGCAACAACAGCAGCAGCAACAGCAGCAGCAACAGCAGCAAUACCAAUCACAUCAACAACAGCAGCAGCAGCAGUAUCAACCUCAAAUUCCGAACAUGCAGUCCGCUGUUCCAUUUAUGCUCGCUGGUAUGCAACAGAUGGCGAGCAAUGGACCGGGCAAUGGUUUCAAUGCAGCCCUUGGGGCUCAAUUGUUUAAUUCACUAGCUCCUGGGGCAGCGGGAUACACGAGUCAGUUCUUUGGGCAGCAACAGGACGGAAGGACUUUUAUGCGCAUGCCAAAAUAUUACUUCGCAGUUAAUCAUCGUUAUGUAUUGAAGAAGCUUGCGAUCAUCGUCAUGCCGUUUGUACAUCGCAUAUGGUCGCGCCGGCGUGGCAUGGAUCCUGUACAAUUUGAGGGGUCCACCGCCGAGGGAGUCGCCACCUACCUGCCGCCGCGUGAUGAUGUCAACGCACCAGAUCUCUAUAUUCCUCUCAUGUCGUUUGUGACGUACGUGCUCAUGGUCGGCUUUGUCUUUGGCAUUAGGAAUGACUUUCAUGCGAAUGUCCUUGCCAAGUACUUUUCAAAGGGACUUGGAGUUCUCUCGCUGGAGGUCCUUAUAGUGAAGCUGGGCCUCUAUCUCGUCAAUGCCCGGCCAACUCCCUGGUUGGAUAUCAUUGCGUAUCGGGGCUACAAAUUUGUCGGGGUUGUAGUUGCGAUGGCGUCAUGGCUACUGAUGCCGAGGCUUUAUCUGCCUGUUUUGCUUUACGCCGCUUCAGCUAUGGCCAUUUUCUUGAUGAGAUCCCACAGACGCAUUAUUCUGCCUAGGGAUGUAAAUCUCCAGCAGACAACAGACCUAGCGAGGCGCAAUGGAUUUUUGCUGUUUUUGAGUGUGUUGCAGUAUCCAAUAUACUGGAUGUUAGUGCUUGGUCCAAGUCGGUGA